AUGGGGCCCAGGGCUCAGGCGGGAGCUGGAACCCAGCCCCGCUCGCCCUCCCAGUCAAGUGCACCGAGGGCUGUGCCGGCGGCCCUGCCCACAACUCUCCCCCUGGGCCUGGCAGCCGGGAGGGGCCAAGAGAAGGCACCGGGCAAGCGGAGAGCCUGGCGCUCCCUCUCCGCCUGCAGCAGGCAGCCCCUCGGAGCUGCAGAUUCACAGCUGGACUCGGGCCGCGGUGCUCGGGCCAACGUGACGUCACCAGGCGGCGAGCUGAGUUCCCAGUGGGGCUCGGGGUGGGAGUGGGGUUGUGGGGGGGGGGGGGGCGGUCCGGAGCGGGGCAUUCCUUUCCAAAGCCUCAUCCCAGCUCGGCCCCUCCUGCUCCUCCCCGUCCCCGCCCCUCCUGCCGGGCCUGGAAUUGGGUUUGGGGCGGGUUACACUUCCAAAGCCAUCUCCUCCAGCAGGCAGGCAGGCGAGGCUCUCCUGCACUCCGAGCUCGCCUUUCCUGAGCCUCCGGCAGUGCCCCAGGCUGGCCUGCCCGCCCCGGUGGUUCGGGACCAGAGGUGGGCAUCGCGGGAGGAGCCCUCCGCCAAGGGGAGGCCUCCGAGGAUCAGGCCCGCAGCUGCAGGUAGUGGCACAUGCCCGGGGCCCAGGGGAGGGCAUCUCAGCAGCCGGGGCCGCAGGGUGAAGGCCUGGGCAGGGAAAGGGAGAGAGGUGGGCACCUUCGAGGCUGGCAGCCCCUGGAAAUCACAUGGGUCCCAGCAGGAGCCCCCCGGAGACCCCCAGAGCAGUGCUGUCAGCAUCCGAGGCCCCAGGAGCCCCGAGGACACGGGGCCACUUGAGAGCCCCCAUCUUGUGCAGCAGGCCCUGGCACUCCGACCCCCAAGCCGUCUGUCCUGGGCUUCCAGCUCCUGCUCUGUCCUCCGGGGGGUGGGGGCUCCCCCUCCCCGCCUCCCCUACUCUUGCCAGUCUCCAGCCGUCCAAACCCACACUGCUCAGGCCUCACGAGCUGGAUCACGCAAAAGGGCUCCCACCGCGCGCGCAGCCAGCGGCUGCAAGUCCUGCCGUCCACGCCGGCCCCGCCGGUGGCCCCUCCAGACGACCCCGCGCCGGGAGCUCCGGGAGGCCGGUGGUUAA